AUGACCAAACCUCGUACAUCAUCUAACAAACGAGCCUUGGCCGAAACAACGAUCAACGAACAUCAACAACUCCACAACACCACCUCCUCAGAUUACCUUCUUCACCCAAUCAAUUCUUUCGGUGACGACGGUAGCAACAACAAUAACGACAGCGCUCUUCUUCAAUAUUCAACAGCUUCGACAAUGAUGAGCACGCAACCUCUCUCCUCACGCGUUUCAAAGCGACGUCGAAAUCGGGACACACCACCUCGCCCACUUAAUUCAUUCAUGAUAUAUCGACGGGAAUACCAGAAGAUGAUCAAAGAGCAGAAUCCAAACAUCCUUCUCUCCGAGCUCUCUCGCAUUUCGAAAUCUGCGGCCGACAAGUGGGCCAACGAACCUCCGAACAUCAAACAAAUAUACGCCGAGAAGGCGAGGGCCGAGAAGGAACAGCACAUGAAGCUAUAUCCGAAUUACGUCUAUUGCCCAAGGCGACCGACGAAAACGAAACCAAGGAAGAAAUCCGCGUCGGAAGGUUCUUCGUCGGAAAAGAUGUCGGUCAACUUUUUGUUGAAUGAUGACAGCAAUUCAUUUCGGUCCUACAACCAUUCCUUUACGAAAACGACAUCAUGA